AUGCAUCUCCUCACUGCCGCCGUUGCCACCCUCGGACUUGCCGGGACCUCCCUGGCCAUCCCCACCCUGGUCGCCCGUGACAAGUCCUCGGCUGUCGUCGACGCCGCCCAGGCGCCCCUGCCGACGCUGCUCCUCAGCGAGCUCCUGGCUGGCACCGCCCUUACCCCCGGGGGCUCCACGCUCAUAGUCACCAACGAAACCUCCACCUUCCCCCCCGCCAGCCGCCGCGGCAACUCGUGGCACCUGACGACCUACACCGGGACCUCGUGCGAGGGCGAUUGGCUCGGCUGGUCCUGGGCCGACGGCGUCGGCGCCUCGUGCGUCGUCAACGACAAAAGGGACUGGCACUCGCUCCGUGUCGAUAACUUUGGUAGCUGCAGCACCACGUUUUUCACAGGCCAUGGCUGCGGAGGCGACUGGGCGGAGGUCAUCAACGGCAACUGCAUGGGCUGGCCUCAGGCCGAACCCAUCCGCUCUGUCCGGGUGACCUGCCCCAAGUAA